AUGUCUAUAAAAGAACAAAAGGUAGAGGAAAAGCAAAAUGCCGCUUUAGAAGAAAGUUGGUCAAACACAACCUCUGAAAAUUAUGAUUUCGACGAUGAAAGAAAUUAUACUACUGCUUAUGUAGAUGAUCUUAAUCCAAGAGGUUUAAGGUACCCAACUAAGGACGAAAGUGAAAAUUUAAGAAGAAUCUUGGGAAGAGCUCCUAUAGUUGUUUACUUAAUUUGUUUGGUUGAAUUAGCUGAAAGAGCUUCAUAUUAUUCUGUCACGGGAUUAUUAUCUAAUUUUAUUCAAAGACCAUUACCUGAAGGUUCAACUACUGGUGCUCCAUUGAGAGGUAAAGAACAUGAAAAUGAAAGUGCUGGUGCUUUAGAUUAUGGUUUACAAACCGCUACUGCUUUAACUUUACUUUUAACAUUUUUAGCUUAUGUUGUUCCAUUAUAUGGUGGAUACAUCGCUGAUACUAAAUUAGGUAAAUUGAAAGCUAUUUGGGUUGGGGUUAUUGCUGGUUUUGUAUCCCAUGUUCUUUUCAUUAUUGCAGGUAUUCCUUCAGUCAUUGCUGGUGGUCAUGCUAUCGUGCCAACUAUUUUAGCUAUUAUUACUUUAGCCCUUGGUACUGGUUUUAUCAAACCAAAUUUGUUACCAUUAAUUAUGGAUCAAUAUCAAUUCAAAACUGAUGUUGUUAAAGUGUUACCAUCAGGUGAAAAAGUUAUCAUUGAUAGACAAAAAUCCUUGGAAAGAAUGUCAUUAGUUUUCUAUUGGGCUAUUAAUAUUGGGGCUUUCUUCCAAUUAGCUACUUCUUAUUGUGCUAGAGAUGUUGGUUUCUGGUUAGCUUUCUUUAUUCCAACUGUUGUUUAUUUAUUCUUACCUGUUGUGUUAUUCUUUGUUGGUCCAAGAUUAGUUAAAACUGAACUUCAAGGAUCUGUUUUAACUCAAUUCUCUAAAAUUUUAAGAGUUUCCUUCGAAAAAGGUUGGGUUCAAAGAUAUAAAGAUGGUGAAUUCUGGGAAUUUGCUAAACCAACUAAAAUGGCUGAAAGAGGUAGAGAUUUUUAUAAGAAAUCUAAACCAAUUUCAUGGAAUGAUCAAUGGGUUUUAGAUAUUAAACAAACUGUUAAUGCUUGUAAGAUUUUUGUUUAUUUCCCAAUCUAUUUAAUGAAUGAUGGUGGUAUUGGUACUAUUCAAACAUCUCAAGCUGGUUCAAUGUCUUUAAAUGGUGUUCCAAAUGAUUUAUUUAACAAUUUCAAUCCUUUAACUAUCAUUAUCUUGAUUCCAAUCCUUGAUUAUAUCGUUUAUCCAUUCUUAAGAAAACAUAAAAUCGAUUUCAAACCAGUUUACAGAAUUACCUUAGGUUUCGUUAUGGCUGCUGCUUCUCAAGCUGCAGGAGCUAUUAUCCAACAUUUCAUUUAUCAAAAAUCUCCAUGUGGUAAUCAAGCUUCAACUUGUGAUGAAGUUGCUCCAAUCUCUGCUUGGGUUGAAAUCACUUUGUACUGUACUCAAGCUGCUUCAGAAAUUUUUGCUAAUGUUACUUCUUAUGAAUUAGCUUAUACAAGAUCUCCUCCACAUUUAAAAUCUUUAGUUAUGGCUAUUUGUUUAUUUAUGAGUGCUAUUUCAGCUGCUCUUUCACAAGCUGUUACACCAGCUUUAGUUGAUCCAAAUAUUAUUUGGGCUUUCGUAGCUAUGGCUGUUGUAGGAAUUAUCUUUGCUGUGGCUUUCUUCUUCCAUUUUAGGAAUUUACAUGUUGAAAUGGAAACUGAAAGAAUUGCAAGAGAAGCUGCUGAUAGGAAAUUACAAGAAACUUUGAUUGCUCAUGGUGCUAUUGAAGAUGAUAGAAACUUAGAAGCUGUUACUUCCAUUAAAUCUGCUAUUGGUAAAUAA